GCUUUCCUUCUUGACAGAGACAACGAUGGCCCCCACCAGGAACUCCGAGAAAGAGCGAGAGCCUCCGGCCGAGGGCGACGCAAAGCAGAGGCGGAAGCCCGGCCGCGCCCCUGUCUCCUGCGCAGAGUGCCGCAGGCUCAAAUUGCGAUGCGAUCGCAAGGUACCAUGCGAGACGUGCACAAAGCGGGGCUGUGCUGCCCUCUGUCCGGACGGUUCAUUACCCACUACCAAAGGCCCUAAGAAAACAGCAGCAGAUGCCGAACAGCUCAGGAAGAGAGUCAGCGAACUGGAGGGUGCCCUCCAGAGGCUACAGGCAACAGUAUCGGACGACCCCCAUCCGCUCUUGCGCGGCGAUAAGGCACCUGCUGGAAUUCCCGUUGAGGAACCGCCGCUGCCAUCCAGUAGUAGUGCCUCGGGGAGCACACCCCCUCGUGCCGAUAGUUCUAGCAGUCCUACCACAGGCAGCACGCCUCCGCAGCGUGAAGAAGCGUCCGACGAGGAGGCCGACUCACUUGAUGCAUAUGUAGGCACGUUGACUCUGGGGACUCGUGGUGAGGCUAGAUUCUUCGGCCAGACGUCGAGGUCAGAGUAUCUCAUUCACGCACCUGAACGGCUGGCCGCCUAUGCUCCUCCAACCCUCCCGCGGCUGACCCACGUCUCCAUCGACGAGGCAAAUAAGGAACUUGACGUCUUCUGCACUAGUAACGAUGUGGCGGAGGACAUUAUGAAGUGCCUCCCACCCAUCUCUAAAGCAAUGCAUUUGUGCGAGAUGUUCUUCGAAUACUCGAAAUUCUUAUGGUUCCCCGUACCAAGGGACUACAUUAUGGACGAAGUGAUCCCCCUUAUGUACCAUCCCGAAGCCUAUAUGGACAAAUGCCACGUCGCGAAGAAGCACGGGAUUGCGCUCCUUUGCAUGAUCUUCGCGCUCGCCCUGCUGUUUGACACGAACAUGCCUCCGUAUGCCGCCGAAGCGCACGAGUGGUAUUUGAUCGCUCGUAUCGCUCUUCGGUGGGCACCGCCUGCCUACGACACGACACUCGCCUCCCUCCAGGCUCUGAUUUACAUGUCUCUCUAUUUGGAGAUGAGUGACUGUGAGCCAGCCCAUACCGGCUCGCACAAAGCAUGGAUGCAGAUCCGACAGGCCGCGACUCUGGGGCAGAGCAUCGGACUGCAUGUGAACAGCAGGAAGUGGCAGCUCGACCACGAGGCAGCGGCCAAGCGCGGGAGGAUCUUCUGGCAGUUGGCGACGUACGACGCCUGGCUCAGCUUCGGCUACGGAAGGCCCCCAAGCAUCUCUCUAUCAUUUGUCGACUGCGACAUUCCGAAAGAAGCGGACGCCGUGGUGAACGAAGAAGAUGGAACCUACCACGCGUGGUGCUGGCAAUUCACGAGGGUGAUGCAUGCCGUCAUGACCGCAACAUCAGGCGCGAAGCCCCCGACAUAUGCGAAGGUCUUCGAGCUCGACAGGCGCAUCCGUGACUUCCCUGUCCCACCCUCACUGCGCAUACCAUGCGGGCCGCAGGAGAACAAGAUAGAGCCGAUCGCACUGACCAUGCAGAGGCUGCUAGUCACUGUGCACAAGGAGACAACCCUUCUGAACUUGCAUCGGCCAUACUUCUCGUUGGCGGUCAAGGAGGCCUCUGACGACCCGCUGCGCCACAAGUACGGGGCGUCCGUGUUGUCGAUUUACCGAUCCGCAUGGAGGAUCCUCACUACCAUGCAAUCCGCAUACCGCGCCGCGCCUGGAAUCACGUCACGAUACGGCCUAGUUUGGUCGCAUUCGCUGGCAUGCGCAAUCAUGCUCUGUUUGCUCAUCACCCGCGCGUCUAAGUCGACGCUCGCCGCACCCUGCCUCAUCGAGCUCGACAAGAUCUGCUCGUUGUUCGAGGACGCGGCAGGCCAGAGUCAGGUCGCCUCCAACAACCUGGAGGUGAUCCGGAAGCUGCGCAAGCAAGCGCAGACGGCGAUGUCGAACGUGCGCGUGGACGACGCCGCAGCCGUCGCGCAGGAGCUCGACCGCCUCGGCGGCAAGACGCAGCUGAUCCAGACUGUCGGCGAGCGCGAGCUGCACUGCCCAUCGCGGCCGCCCCCCGUCAAGAACGGGCCGACGUCGUUCGAGGUGACGAACCUGUUCGCGGAGGGCAACACGUAUGGCGCGCAGCUGCAGCCGACCGUCGCGCUCGACACGGACAUGCUCUCGUUCGAUGCACCGGGCCCUGUGAACGGCAACGGCGCGCACCUGAACGGCUUCCAGGCGCAGGCGAACGGCCAUACGAAUGGCCACAACAAUGGGGUGCCUAUGGGCGCGGCGCCAUUCGACUUUGGGUUCCCGCUGUCGGGCGGGUUCCCUGACAUGAUGCAGGGGCAGGCGGGGGCGCCGCCGAUGGCGGACUUCGACCUCUCCGGGGCCGUCGCUUGGGACCCGUCGCUGAACGGGUGGCUGCCGAGCAAUGCGGACUUCUUGCAACCGAACGUGGCGGACGCGGAGGCCACCUGGCAGGCUCUGGUCGAGCAGCUUGGGAUAUAGAGGGCGUGAUGUGUUGUGUGUACGAUACCGUGGUUUGGUGCAGUUUUUUCCGCUCUGUGCACGUUGUCUUGUAGGUUAUGGUCUCAAAAGAUACUUGGAUGACCUGUUUAACGAUCUGAU